AUGAUCUUUGGGUGCGGAGGGAUUUUGGCAUCACCGGAGUCAAUUUUUUGUGUUUCAUUUAUAUUUUCACGAUGCCGUAGAAUGGAAGGGAGGGGUGGAGAAGAGAAAAAAAGAAGAGAGAGUUGGUCGCUUGGCAUGGAUCGUUUUAUUGUUGGAUCCCCAAUUGGUGAGGGCCGCUUUGGCGUCGUUCGUGCUGCAGUUGUUAAGGAAUCUGGAGUGCCAGCCGCAAUCAAAUUCGUCACAACUCCACGUCUCGAUGAGGGUAUUCCGCACCCCACAGCGAGGGAACUACUCGUUGCAUUGCGAUUGGUGCAUCCUUUUGUUAUUCGGACAUAUGAGGUGGUUCCGUGUGGCUGCUCCUUGGCGUUAGUGAUGGAGCGUUGCAAGACUGACUUGGCAACAGUCCUCUCGGGGAGAACUGCCAGCAAUCCUCUGCCCGCGUUAGAGGCAAAGUCUUUAUUUAAGAUGCUUCUUUUGGCGUUAGCGUACAUACACAGCGAGGGUGUUCUUCAUCGAGAUGUGAAACCUUCAAAUUGUUUCUUGACUGCGGAGGGGGAACUACGCCUCGGCGACUUUGGACUCAGUCGUGCAUGGGAUGCGGAAGCAUCCAUGACUCACGAAGUCGUUUCAAGGUGGUACCGGGCUCCCGAGUUACUUCUGGGCCAGCGACACUACGGACCCGAAAUUGAUGUGUGGUCAUCAGGGUGCGUAUUUGCGGAGCUUCUACGGGGGUACGGUGGUGCUUUUUUUGCAGGCGAUGGAGAUAUUUGGCAGUUGUCACGAAUAUUUGAUGUAUUAGGGACACCGACGCCCACAUCGUGGCCAUCGGCGGUGCUGCUUCCCGAUUGGGGAAAGUUGCACUUUGAGCCGAAGCGUCCUCUUCCUCUCCGUGAAUUUUUCCCGGAUGCCUCUGAAUGUGCAUUGGAUUUGUUGCGAAGAUUACUUUGCCUGGAUCCUCAGAAGCGUUUGACUGCGGCUGGCGCCCUUCGUCACGCCUACUUUAGUGAAUACCCGACGUGA